CAGCCAUGAUCACAAUUUUAGAAUCUUCUACGGCCUUAUAAAGGACCUCUUCCUUAGCCACCCUCCCAUCCUAGCCCUAGGCAACCACGAAAGCACUCUUUUUUCUUAUGGAUUUCCCUGUUCUGGACAUUUCAUAUAAAUAUUCACAACUGGCUUCUAAAAACUUGGCAUAAUGUUUCCCAGGUACACCAGUGUUGGAGCAUGUGUCUGCUUCGUUCUUUUUUGGGUGGCUGAGUAAUGUUCAGUUGUAUGGACAUACAUUUGUUUAUCUGUUCACUAGCUGAUGGAUGUUUGGGUUGUUUUCACCUUUUGGCACUGCCCCUAGUCUUACGGUAAGUGCUGUCCGGUGGCCCACGCAGCUGGCCCAGCCUGCAGAUGUGCGGUGUGCUGUGACCUACAUGGUGGUGCUUUAAAACCAUGUUGAGCCACAUCUAAAAAGGAGACUGCAAACAAAUCCAUAGUUUCAGCUUCGUUGGGGAAGGAAGCGAGCAGAUGGAGUCACCUGAUUUCCUCUCCUAAACCCCAAGAGGCCCACGGCCUUUGGAGGGGCUUGGUUUUCCAGGAACAGGUCACAGGUGGGGACCUCCCACAGUUGACGAUGGGUCUGGGCCUGGUCAGAUGUGGACCGAGGCAGCCCCUUUGUGAAGGGACAGCUGGCCUGGAAGCAGAGCAGUGUGUAGCCACUACGGCUGCUGCCCGUGCACCGGGUACUCUGCCUCCUCCGUGCCCCCAGGCCCAGAUUGGAGUCCGUACCUUCCCGGCAGCGCCAGCGGGAUGAGCAGUCUGGCCUCAGUCCUGCUCCCCCUGCCUCACACUGGUGGGCUUCGGGUAGCCCCCAAGGUGCUCCUGGAGCGCCGGCCUCAGCCCUUCGCAGCAGUUGUGUGCAGGGGAGAAGCCUGGGUGCUCAUGUGCUGUCUUUUAAACAAUCUAGAUGAGGACGGGGACUUGGUUGCCUUUUCCAGUGACGAGGAGCUGACGAUGGCCAUGGCAUACGUGAAGGAUGACCUGUUCCGUAUUUACAUUAAAGAGAGGAAGGAGUGCCGGCGGGACCACCGCCCCCCAUGUGCUCAGGAGGCACCCCGCAACAUGGUGCACCCCAAUGUGAUCUGCGACGGCUGCAACGGUCCAGUGGUGGGCACCCGGUACAAGUGCAGCGUCUGCCCCGACUACGACCUGUGUGCCGGCUGCGAGGGGAAGGGCAUGCACAGGGAGCACAGCAAGCUCGCCUUCCCCAGCCCCUUUGAGGGCUUCCCUCACAGCCGCUGGCUCCGGAAGCUGAAACACGGGCACUUUGGGUGGCCUGCCUGGGAGAUGGGCCUACCUGGGAACUGGAGCCCACGUCCUCCUCGGGCGGGGGACACCCAGGCCAGCCCCACAGCAAACUCCGCUUCUGGUCCAUCGGAGGAUCCCAGUGUGAAUUUCCUCAAGAACGUAGGGGAGAGUGUGGCAGCCGCCCUCAGCCCCCUGGGCAUCGAGGUGGAUAUUGACGUGGAACAUGGAGGGAAAAGAAGCCGCCUGACCCCCGUCUCCCCAGGCAGCUCCAGCGCGGAGGAGAGGUGCAGCUCGCAGCCAGGAAGCUGCUCUUCUGACUCCAGCAAACCGGACGGGGCCAUGGAAGGAGCUGCACAGGCUCUGGCGAAGCAAAUGAACAAGAUCACGCUGCAGUCGGGUGUGCAGCCCGAGGCAAGCCCUCCCGCUUCCCCCAGCUCCCCCCCCACGGCCCCUCCGGCACUGGCACAGCCAGGACCCAGUUCCGGUGCAGAGAGCAGAUGGAGUCUGACAACUGCUCGGGAGGAGACGAUGACUGGACUCAUUUAUCUUCAAAGGAAGUGGACCCGUCGACAGGCGAACUCCAGUCUCUACAGAUGCCCGAGUCCGAAGGGCCAAGCUCUCUGGACCCUUCCCAGGAGGGACCCACGGGGCUGAAGGAAGCUGCGGUGUACCCACACCUGCCGCCAGAAGCUGACCCCCGGCUCAUUGAGUCCCUCUCCCAGAUGCUGUCCAUGGGGUUCUCUGAUGAAGGCGGCUGGCUCACCAGGCUCCUACAGACCAAGAAUUACGACAUUGGGGCUGCCCUGGACACCAUCCAGUACUCAAAGCAUCCACCGCCCUUGUGACAGCUGUGCUCACCUGCUAUCUGACCCCCUUCCUGUCUCACAGUUGUGUUGAGCUUGUUAGAACCCCACACCUCUAAGGGCCAGUUACUCUGCAUUUUUCUUUCAGAACCGGGUGGGAUGCAUGAAGCCAUUUAGGGCAGCAGGACAAGGACAGGAGGGAGUUCCCAGCGUUGUGACGAUGACUAAGGGGGGCUUCCCAGCUUCCCUCGGUGCCCGCUUCGUGCAGCCAGGGUGGGCCCCUCAUCUCCCUGCCCUCUGCCCGCCAGGGUAUCACCAACAGCCCAGAAUCCAUCUUGCCUCAUGGUCGUCUGCUUUUUCUUUGUUUAAAUGACUAAUAGUAACUGAUGUGUAGCUGAUUUUCUGCUAGAACCUGAUAUACUCAGAGUUCAGCUGCAACAGCCAGCACCGCGUCAGAAGGAGGUGGUUGUCCUGCAGCCAGAAUGGGAGGGCAGGCAGUCGGCAGGCCUCGCGGGCACAGGAGUAGCUGCAGGCGCCCCCGGUGGUCACUGAGCACUGCCCGUUUCACAGCCAUUCUAGUUCUCAUUUCCAAAUGUGUCGCCUGCUUUUAAAGUAAGAGGAUCCUUUGUAGCCAUUCUGUUAGCAUAUCUGUAAACCAACUGCAAUUAAAUGGUGUAAGCACUUUUAACCCAAGAUGUUGCAAUAAGAGAU